UGCUUGUCCGUUUCUGGAGCUUUCUGAAAUAUUCGCCGGCACACACGCGUCCGGUGGCACACGAAAGAAUUCACGAGAAUUUAUACGAGUCAUCAUCGAGAUUGAACGUGUCUAUUGUUCGAGUCAAACGGACGUCGGGAACUAGAUAGAGAUUCAACAUUUUAAGCGUGCAUGAUGGGUGAUCAGGUAGCUUUGUUGAAAGAAAAAGGAAACACUGCUUUACAAACUGGCAAUUAUGAUGAAGCCAUUAGAUGCUACACAGAUGCUAUCGUCUUGGACGGCAAUAAUCACGUUCUCUACAGCAAUCGCUCAGCGGCAUAUGCAAAGUCCGAAAAGUAUCAGCAAGCGCUGGAGGAUGCCGAAAAGACUGUCAGUUUGAAGCCGGAUUGGGGAAAGGGUUAUUCGCGCAAGGGCAGCGCUCUUGCUUACUUGGGCAGGUAUGACGAGUCCAUCAGAGCUUACGAGAAGGGCCUACAACUGGAUCCAAACAAUCCACAGCUUAGAAGCAGUCUGGCCGAGGUGAGGGCCCAGAAAGCAGCUGCUGCAACUAAUCCAUUCAAUUCACCAGACAUCUUUCUCAAAUUGGCUAGCCAUCCCAGAACGAAGGGAUAUCUGUCUGAUCCUGAAUAUAUAAAGUUACUGCAAGAAUUGCGAACCAAUCCACAGAGUCUCGGUGCCAAGCUCCAGGACACCAAAGUGCUCACCACCCUUAGCGUGCUGUUAGGAAUGAGCACUAACGUAGAGGAACCGAUGGAAACUGAGCCAAUGAAUCCAUCGGAACCGCCGAAGCCCAAACCAGAAUCAAAACCUCAGAAGAAGGAGGAGGACAAUCUUCCGCCUGAAAAGAGAAAAGCCUUGGAAGAGAAGAAACUUGGCAACGAGGCUUACAAGAAGAAAAGCUUCGAGGAAGCUUUAGAGCAUUACAAUAAAGCUGUGGAAUUGGAUUCGACGGAAAUCAUUUAUUUGUUGAAUAUAGCGGCGGUGUACUUCGAACAGAAGGAGUAUCAGAAAUGUAUCGCUCAAUGCGAGAAAGCCAUUGAAAUCGGUAGAGAAAAUAGAGCGGACUUCAAAUUGAUAGCAAAAGCAUUUACGAGAAUUGGUCACGCUUAUAAGAAAAUGGAGAAUUGGAAGCAGGCUAAGGUGUAUUAUGAAAAAUCUAUGUCUGAGCAUAGAACGCCGGAGAUUAAAACCUUACUCUCGGAUAUAGACAAAAUAAUCAAAGAGGAAGAGAGGAAAGCUUAUAUCGACCCGGUUAAAGCAGAAGAGGAAAAGGAACUUGGAAAUCAAAAGUAUAAAGAUGGCGAUUAUCCUGCUGCUGUUAAACAUUAUUCCGAGGCGAUCCAAAGAAAUCCGGACGAUCCCAAGUAUUACAGUAACAGAGCAGCCUGUUAUACUAAACUGACGGCAUUUGAUCUCGGCUUGAAGGAUUGCGAGAAAGUUGUCGAGCUAGAUCCAAAGUUCAUCAAAGGCUGGAUUAGGAAAGGAAAAAUUUUGCAAGCCAUGCAGCAGCAUGGAAAAGCCUUGUCAGCGUAUCAGAAGGCUCUGGAAUUGGAUCCGCAGAAUAGCGAGGCGUUAGAGGGUUAUCGCUCUUGCGCCGUAUCCGCAAGUUUGAAUCCGGAAGAAGUGAGAAAGAGAGCGAUGGCAGACCCAGAGAUCCAGAGUAUAUUGCGAGAUCCAGCCAUGAGAUUGAUCUUAGAACAAAUGCAAAACGAUAACCAUUUGAAGAAUCCUGAUAUAGCUGCAAAAUUACAAAAACUUCUGGAAUCUGGUCUCAUUGCUAUCCAUUGAAGAUGUAAGGAACCACAUACAACAUACUUGUAAUAAAAGAAGAAUAACACUGCUAUCGCAAGUUCCUUUAAUAUUAAGGAAAUUCGCAUUCGUGUAUUGCAGAUACAUUAGCCGUAUGGGAUAUUUAUCAUCAUAUUGCUCUGCUGUCACAAAUUCCUUUGAUAUUAAGGAAAUUCGCAUUCGUGUAUCGCAGAUACAUUAGCCAUAUGGGAUACUUAUCAUCAUAUUGCUCUUAAAAUCUGUGUUCGAAAAGCCAUUUGGAAUAAAAGUUACAUUGUACACAUGAUUCUUUCAUGCAAACGCAGUGGCCUUUAGUGUCAUCGAUGACUUUGCAUUGCAAGACUUGUUACGGUGAUCAUGUGUAUACCAAUACACAUAUAUACGUAUAGUGAGGCUCUUUGUGCAAAAAUGAAGUGUAAUUGUGAAGCUGUGGACUCUAAUAUUUACAUUUAACAAAAACUACUCCGAUGGCUGAACCGUGAAUAUCAUCACUUUGGAAGUUGAUAGUGUUAUUAUAUGUUUUAGGUAAAAAUAAUCUAAAACUAGAAUAUUAAUCCUCUAAACUAGUAAAAAUUUCAUAAAAUUAUUUCUGUAUAUGAUGCACACACUAACAUCUCUUUUACUGUUGGUUUAAUUAAUGCUUUUAGUAUUAAAAUUAGUAAUAAUAUAAUGAAUGCGAAGUCAGGCUAGGACCGAUAACUAAUAAGAGGAAUGCUUCGAAUAAACAUCUUUUUAAACCGAAUUCUCUUUCUGGAAAUUAUUUAUUAAUACCUUAUUAACACCUUUCUUA